UAUAGCAGCCACGAGUAGGAUAUUGCUAAGUAGCUUGCAGGCGUUUGAAAAUUUUUAAUAGGUAAAACAAAUUUUAGAAAAGCAGUAGUCAUGAAUGUUCAACCCUCAAAUCCAAACAACCCAAUUGUGUUCUUUGAUGUAACCAUUGGUGGCCAGGAAGUUGGACGAAUGAAGAUAGAGCUUUUCGCAGAUGUUGUUCCAAAAACGGCUGAGAAUUUUCGGCAGUUCUGCACUGGAGAAUUCAGAAAGGAUGGUGUUCCUAUCGGCUACAAAGGAUGCACAUUCCACAGGGUGAUCAAGGACUUCAUGAUCCAAGGAGGGGACUUUGUGAAUGGCGAUGGCACUGGGAUUUGCAGUAUCUACAGGGGUCCAUUUGCAGACGAAAAUUUCAAAAUGAAGCACUCCGCACCAGGCCUCUUGUCAAUGGCAAACAGUGGCCCAGGAACAAACGGUUGCCAGUUUUUCAUCACUUGCACCAAAUGUGACUGGCUGGAUGGGAAGCAUGUGGUUUUUGGGAAGGUGGUGGAUGGCCUACUCGUCAUGAGAAAGAUCGAGAAUGUACCCACAGGACCUAACAACAAGCCCAAGUUGCCCAUUGUGAUUGCCCAGUGUGGGGAGAUGUGACCCCAUCGCCACAUGGACAAGCUAACAUGUACAUGGACUAAUUUGGUUGAAUCUUGUUUUUUUCUGUUAUGUUGAAUUUCCUCACAAACAACAAAAAUAGUUCUGGGCAAUUUUACCUCAAAUACCUUGGUCAGUUUAAAGUAUGUAAAUAAAGCCCCAAGAUAAGACUGGAAUUUCACAAUUUAUAAGGUAUCCAGGGCACACCCAGGGGACAAAAACCAGAAAAUAUUCCCAUUGUGACAUUGCCAUUCAAGGCCCUUACACAGUGAUUGCUCCUUCAAAGUUUAAGGUUAGACACAUCUGAGUGGUAUGCAGUCUAAUCAGUAUGAAUGCGUUCAUGACAAAAAUUGUAGAGAAUGGAGGUUUAAUGUUGUAUUUGUAACGGAAGUAGCGUAUGAAGUGGCAAAGGGUUUGCUAGUACAUUAUUGUGUUUCUUUUGUAUCUGAUAAUUGGCAUAUUGGCUUAACAUAUUUGAAUGGGGCCAGAAGAUACCGAGAUAAAGGGUGAGACUGAAGUGCUAAAAUUCUGGUAAACAUUACUGUUGCAAACUAGAGCUGAGAUGAUAGCUAUGAGGCCUUCACCAGUUGAUCUCAAUUUCCAGGCCCUGUGUAUUUGUUACCUUGCACCAAUGUGUGUAUGAC